AGCUUCUGGAGAUGGGCAGUUCAUUUGUUUAACGGACUUCGUGAUGGACCGCAGAUCGGUGAUGAAUAGGGCUAAGGCAAAAGCCCAAGCGGAGAUGGCCGCUAAGGAGGCUGCCAAGCUGGCGGCGAAAGGUGGGGCACAGCUGAGCUCUGAACAGCCGUCGAAGCCGCCCACCCAGCCGAAGUAGAAACGGCAGGCCAACGAUGGCCAGAAGAAGCUGAUUGAGGCCGGUAUACAGCCUUCCACGAAGUCAGAGAGGGCUUCUCCCUUGGCCGAUGCUAAUGUCAGGGAUGUGACCGUGCCGGGCGGAGACGCUGGAGGCUCCAGUGCUGCCGUCGUAGUUGACCUGGUAUCUGCUCCUUCAUCGAUCUACUACUGUCUCCCAGCCUCCCCCUAUUGUCCAGGACUCCCGGAAGAAGAGAGCCGGGAAGGAGUUGGUCACGGGGACCUACAAGUUGGAGGUUGAGUACCCCGUGAAGGGAGGCGUCUUCAACGAGGUUGUUGACGGCCACGACGUGAUCUCACAAGCCGUCCCAGCCGAGGACCGGGCCUACCUUGACAAGCUUGGCAACGUCAGGAUCUAUGACGGUGGAAUGGACCUCAUCGUCCAAGGUGCCUUCAUGCUGAUGGAGAGCCACAAGAGGCAACAGCAAGAGAUUGCUCGGCUGAAAGUAGUUGAGCAGAAGGCUAAGGCAAGCUGGCGGCGACAGGUGGGGCACAGACGAGCGCUGAACAGCCGUCGAAGCCGCCCACCCAGCCGAAGAAGAAAUGACAGGCCGACGAUGGUCAGAAAAAGCUGACUGAGGCCGGUAUGCAGCCUGCCAAGAAGUCAAAGAGGGCUUCUCCCUUGGCCGAUGCUGAUGCCAGGGCUGUGACCAUGCCGGCCGGAGACGCUGGAGGCUCCAGUGCCGUCGCCGUAGUGGACCUGGUAUCCGCUCCUUCAUCUACUAUUGUCUCCCAGCCUCCCCCUAUCGUCCAGGACUCCCGGAAGAAGAGGGUCGGGAAGGAGUUGGUCACGGGGACCUACAAGUUGGAGGUUGAGUACCCCAUGAAGGGAGGCGUCUUCAACGAGGUUGUUGACGGCCACGACGUGAUCUCACAAGCCGUCCCAGCCGAGGACCGGGCCUACCUUGACAAGCUUGGCAACAUCAGGAUCUAUGACGGUGGAAUGGACCUCAUCGUCCAAGGUGCCUUCAUGCUGAUGGAGAGCCACAAGCACAAGUAGAUAAUCAUUUCCCUUUGUCGUGGCCGAUGAGGCCGCUCGCCCUUGUUCGGCCGAGGGGAGUUUUCCCCCUUCGACCAAGGGAAAUAGGUGGUUUGUUUCCCUUUCAUGCCUUAGAAUCUUUUAUGUCAUCUUCCUUAGGACUCUUGUUGGCCGCUCGGGAUGCCACUCAUCUUUAUGUGCCUUGGAAUUUUUGCCAGAUGUUUUUUAGGGUAGCUUGUGUUUGAAUGCUUCGUCCAUAUUGCAUAUCCUUUUUCCUCGUGGUUAACUGAUAUGUACUUAGUCAAUUUUUGGGGAUUUCAUUUUUAUUGCUCGAGGCCGGCAGGUGCACGGUCCAUCGGCUUCCCUCUUUUUAUUUUUGGGGAUUUUGCUUGAGGCCGGCGAGUGUGUGGUCCUUCGGCUGUCCCUCUUUUAUUUUUGGGGAUUUUGCUCGAGGUUGGCGAGUGCGCGGUCCUUCGGUUGUCCCUCUUUUAUUUUUGGGGAUUUCGCUCGAGUGCGCAGAGCCAAUCAAAUAUUUCCAUUCAAAUGUUCCAAGUACAAAAGAAGGGCACAACGGUCUUUACAUAUACAGGCACUACGACCAUUACAUAUCAACAAAAAAGAAAGAGGAGGGAUCAGGCUUCUCCCGCACCGGCAUCUGGAACGGGCGUACUUACGGCAUCAUCGGCCUGGGAAGAAGCAGAGUCCAGGAACACCUAAUCAUCAUCCCAAUCCUCCUCGCCGAUGCUGGAGCUAAGGAUGGGGGCUUGCCUCUCCUCCGCCGGAAGCUUGGCCUCCUCCUCCGGAUCCUUCAUCUUCGGAGGCAGCUUGAGCUUGUGAGCAAAUUUCUUGCUCAGCUUCAACGAGGUUAUAAACCUGCAAUAAGAUACGAAUUUCGCAGAAUUAAAGGAGUACUCCUCUAAUUGAGAGAUCUCUGAGCCUAUUUUAGUGAGCGCACGGCAGGAUUGAGAUCAAACAGAUCGGUAGAAUAUGUUGAAACUAUGAGAUACCUGAAGCAGUCAGUGCCGCGUGUGGUUAAGGUGGAGCCGAAACCAAACGAAGAUCUUCGCAUUGUGGGAGGCUGGAGAUGAAGGGAGACGGAAGAAUGUGUGGAGGAGAAGCAUAGACAGUGAGAGACGGCCGAACUCAAAAUCGAAGUUUGAAUUUUGGAUUUGACUUGGUUUAUACGGAGUUCUGUUUUUUAAAAUAAAAAAAUAAAAGUGAAAAGGUAAAAGUUAAAAAUGAAAAUUAUUUUAAAGGUGGACACAAAUGAAAUGGGGAGAAUUAUACAAAUAAGACUAAAACAUGUCAAUUUUCCAAAAUUAGGACUGCAUUCUGGCGUAGGACACAACUGCACAUAUUUUGACUAUUAUACCCUUACUUUAUAAUCAAUUGCUCAACCCAGGAAGAAUUUACAGCGAUGACUCUUCUUCGGAGCGGACUUGGCGGAGAGCAUCAACAAGCUUCCAAAUCCUACGAGCUUCCAAAUCGAUCGCUCCAUCUGGUCUUUCCCUUGGCGGCGGCGACAGUCCAUAAGAAGUCUCCCGAAUAGUAUAGUUGUCAACCACGGUAGAUGUAGUCUUAUUUCUUCGACGGACUUGACAGAGAACAUCCACAAGCUUCGUCGAGUAGAUUUGUUGGGCAGCCUUCACUCUACGACCUGAGUCCAUCCACACAUGUAGACGGCGUCUGAUCCCGGUCUGAAUCACCGGUUUUUCUCCGCUUCUUCUGUGAUAGGUUUGAGUUGACAUUAGGAUUUGUGAUCGAAGAUGAUAAUUCCAUUGUAUCAAUCAGCGAAGUCCAUGAGUUUCUGAAACAAAACACUCCUCUAUCUUUGUGGUAUUACAGACCGGAACUUGGAAGCGGGAAUUUAGAGAUUCAAUAGCAACCGAAAAUUGAAGUGCAUGAGUAGACAAUAAUUAGUCCGUAAUGGCAUAUGCACAAACAUUAAAUUCCUCCACAUUAAACUCCUACAACUAAAGUAAGUAUAAAACUUAAAAAAAAGUUACUGAUGUGUGCAUCAAGAUGGAAGUAGUUAGACUACGAUGCUUUGUAAUUAUUAUGAUUAGGAUCUUGGGAAAGAAAAGAACAUGUAAAUUUCCUUCUUUUGAUCAUUAAGCAUUGUUCCUAAAUAUUGGUGACAAUCGGUUUGACUA